AUGAACAUCGGACGCUCCCACAGCAUUCGAUCGAAGAAGGGCGAGAAAGAUGGCGGCGCUUCCAGGCACCACUUCUCCAUGGCCUCCCUGCGCGGCAUCCGCCAGCCCGAGCUGUCCAAGAAGCUGUACCAGCUGAUCAAGACGGAGAACCACGCGAUUGGCGCCUACGAGCAGGCGGGACGUGAGACGCAGAGCAUAGCAUCGCAGCUGAGCGAGUGGGGCGAGAGCACCGACGACGAUGGUGUCAGCGACAUCAGCGACAAGCUCGGUGUCUUGCUCGCCGAGAUUGCAGAGCAGGAGGACGUCUAUGCUCAGAACUUGGAGGAGAGCAGAGGCGUGCUGAAGCAGAUCCGCAAUGUUGAGGCCAGCGUGCAGCCAACAAGGACCAACAAGCAGAAAAUCCAAGACGAGAUCCAAAAGCUCAAGUACAAAGAACCCGAAUCCACCAAACUCGUCACCCUCGAACAAGAGCUCGUCCGCGCCGAAGCCCAAUCCCUCGUCGCCGACGCCCAACUCACCAACGUAACCCGCCAAAAGUUCAAGGAAGCCUUCGACCUCCACACCGCCGCCGUCAUCGAGCGCGCCGAGAAACAAAUCAUCCUCGCCCAACGCGCCCGCCACCUCAUCAACCUCCUCGACGACACCCCCAUCGUCCCCGGUGAAGAUCGUCCCGCCUUUACCGAGGUUGAGAAUGGCCGCCAGAUGCUCAAUGACGCCGAGUCUGAUCUGAGGGCAUGGCAGCCGAACUUGGAGCCGAUCAGGACGAACGCGAGUAAGCUUGGUGGCAAUGGAAUGGCGAGCCAGGAACUGCCGAUCCAGCAGGCACAGCAGAACGUUGGAGUGGCUUCAGCCGAUUCCACGAGCGUUGAUGCUCACCAGCAGAGAGUCGAGCAGAUGGAGAGGGCACAGGAGGAGGGAACGAGCCAAGUCACUCCACCCUACCCAACUGAGAAGCAGACGGAGAAUGCGGCGUUGGCUUCCUAG